UUCUCGACAUUGCCACGUAUAUGGAAUACCAACUCUUGACAGAAGAUUUGUUGAACUGGAACGUGUGUUGUUUGGUGAAAAAUAGCUUGAAAAAAAUGACCUUUUUCCUAAGAAAUCGUGUUCAAUAAUGUACAAUUAUCUUUUAAACAUUGAUCACGUUCAGGCGCGCGGGAAGACAGUGUACGGCUGAGUGCGAAGAAGGCACGGGGUGAUAAUUUUGUGUCAUCAGAGUUGUCUCCCGGAAGAUGCAAAGACUCCUAAAAAUUUUGUGAUUGCGGAAUUUUUUGUGAUUGAGCCACUGAUAUUUUGUGAUAAUUAUGCUUAAAUUGAAUAGGGAUCAUAUAUCACUGCUGCUCCCGGAUUCCUCUGGAACCCAGGGACGGAGGAGCCUUAGACGGACGUGGAAUCAGCUCUCUCGUUUUCAGCGCAAUGUAAUCUUCACUGUGUUGCUGGCAUUCCUCAUAAUGACUGUUGUUCUAUACUCGGGUUUGGGAGAAUCAAAAGCUGAGCGCAAGAGCACACGGAGGGAGCAGCGGGAAGCAGAAAAGUCUGGAAGGGAAGAAGUUGGUGCCAUUGAGGUGAUUCUUCGGCCGCCAGAUGACGUGGAAGAAGCGGCUGAGGUGCAGGAUGAGCGAACACAGCAAGGAGAAAAUCCACCGACAGCGCCCAAAGCGCCACAUGAGGAGGGGCCAAAGAUUUUUGCGGGACCUCAGAAUGAACGACAGAGAGCUGUUGUGGCGGCUUUUCAGCACGCCUGGACAAACUAUCGAACAUACGCAUGGGGCCAUGAUAAUCUCAAACCCCUAUCACAGGGCCACCAUGAUUGGUUUGGACUGGGACUCACCAUUGUUGAUGCCCUCGAUACAAUGUACAUCAUGAAUUUGCAAAAGGAAUUCGAAGAGGCACGAAAUUGGGUUGAAAAUGGGCUCUCCUUUGAAGUUAAUCGUGAUGUGAACCUAUUUGAGGUGACAAUUCGCGUCCUGGGAGGGCUGCUGAGUACAUAUCACCUUAGUGGAGAUCAAAUGUUCCUCGUAAAGGCAGCUGACUUGGGCAAUCGACUUCUUCCUUGCUUCGAGUCACAAUCUGGAAUCCCCUAUUCUGACGUCAAUUUAGCCACACUUAGGGCUCAUUCACCAAAAUGGUCACCCGAUAGCUCUACCAGCGAAGUAACGACAAUUCAGCUUGAAUUUAGGGAUCUCUCUAGGUGUACUGGAGAUGAAAUUUACGAAACGGUGGCACACAAAGUCAACGAGAAAAUUCAUAGUCUGGAAAAGCGGCAUGGUCUUGUACCAAUUUUUAUUAAUGCCAACACUGGGAUGUUUCGAACAUUUUCAACGAUUUCUCUAGGAGCCAGGGCAGAUUCGUACUACGAAUACCUCCUAAAGCAGUGGCUACAAAUGGGCAAAAAGCCUGAUGAUUUUCUCAUUGAAGACUACAGUGUGGCUAUUGAGGGUGUUCUCAGUGAGUUAGUACGAGAGACUCCUAAUGAGCACCACGUCUACAUUGGAGAGCUAAUCAAUGGGAAGGAAUUUAAACCAAAAAUGGAUCAUUUGACAUGCUAUUUCCCCGGAACGCUGCUUUUGGGCUACAAGAAUGGUAUGCCACAAAGUCAUUUGAAGUUGGCACAGGAUCUUCUUGAGACGUGCUUCCAAACUUACAUGAAGCAGCCCACGCAGCUUGCACCUGAGAUAACAUAUUUUAAUCUCCAUGGAGAGAGUGAGAAUGAUAUCUACGUGAAGAGCAAUGAUGCCCAUAAUCUCCUCCGACCUGAAUUUAUCGAGAGUCUUUACUACUUCUACGCAAUCACCGGGAAUAAGACGUACCAGGAUAUGGGAUGGACGAUUUUUAAUGCCUUCGAGAGGCACACACGUGUAAAGAAUGGUUACACAUCCAUAGGAAAUGUAAAGAAUAUCCUUAACACUCGCCCACGAGAUAUGAUGGAGAGCUUCUUCCUCGGUGAGACUCUUAAAUAUUUCUACCUUCUCUUCAGUGACGAUCGUAAUGAGAUUGAUCUUGAUCGGUACGUUUUUAAUUCAGAAGCACAUCCCCUCCCUAUUCGAAGUCACUGAACCCCCCAAAGGUAGUACCCAAAAAGAACCCUUGACGAUUUUAUAUAAAUGAUUAAUGUUGUUUAGGAAACUUAAAGAAAAAAUUGUUGUAUAUUUGUACACAUCAAGGGCUACGACGAACGGAAAAGUUGUUAAAUCAAAAUAGACAAGCCUUUAGCUCACAAUGUAGCUAUUUCAUCUGGCACGCUAAUUCAUGUCAAAGAUUUUACGAAAUUUUUAAUUUUAGAUAUUUUUAUUUUAUAGUGUAACUCAAAGGGAAAUGUGUACGGAGUUGUGUGAAAAUUGCAAUGCUAAAAGAAAAUUAGGAAUAAUUUAAUUUUUAUAGUUCAUUGUGUUCGCAUAAAAUUGAAAAUAAUAAUAAGACAUUAAUUAAAAGAAUUUAAAAUUCUUAAUCGUUUAGUAAGUUGUAAAAUUUUAGGAAAAAAAAAUAUAGCGCUUUGACAGAAUCUCUGCUGGAUUUAGAAAAUGCGAUAUCACAGUUUUUUUAAGCAUUAGAUUUCAAAAAAAAAAAAAAUAUACAGUCCCACCGUAAUUUUCGAACACCUUUAAAAAAUAUAUCAAAUUCUCAUACCAAAAAAUACUAAUUUUUCGAUUUACUAAACAUGUUUAUAUUUUUAAGAUGGAUUUUAUUUUCAAAACUAAUUUUCUACCUCUAAAGCUGCCACUGAUUUUGUAAUUUGUAAGAUCUCUCACAGUAUUAUUCAUUCCUUUCAAUUCAAGGAUUCAGAAAAAAUAAAACUAGAUACACUGAGAAAUUAGCUAAUGUACACACAUCGACUAGAACUACUAAAUAUACCUUUAAUUCUGGAAUACUCGAAAAAAAAAGUUCUUUAAUAAAAACGGAUAGAACCGG